GAUGUGAGAGGGGCAGAGAGGCUGGAGAUGAUAAUGUUGAGUUUUUCAUUGUCUGGACACUACACAGGUUCAAAAAGAGCUCGCUGGUGCGCUGACAUGUAGCUGAUACUUUAGGACACAUGGUCACCGGAGUUUUUUUGCCGGGCAAUUGGACACAAGUGGACGCGCGCUCUCGGAUAUGCGCUGAUCGAGCUCUGAAUUUCGCUCCGCAUGCGUCUGAAGUGGGAGUGUGUGCUUUCUGUUCUUGGAAGAAGUAAAAGUUAAAGAAGAAAAACGAUAGUGUGUGUGCAAAUGCUGUCUAUUUCCUUUGUAUAAUUGUUUAUAGUGGAGUGUCCUGUCUUAAUAUUUUCAGGCGCAUACGCUGUCGUACGCGGACUGUACGCGCACUGUCCGCGCGGUCUCAAAUUUUGGGCUGCACGGACCCUCCUGAUGACGAAAAUGACGUCAUGCGGACGGCGCGCAUACGCGGACGUCCCUAGUAUACUUUCACUGCAGAGCCGAAUGGGAUUACAGCUCUAUGUUGGUGCGCCCUGGAAAAGGAUCGUUGUGAUUUUAACCUCUACAGAGUGAAGAAAACAGAGCUGGAUGAUGGGUGGUGUUAAUGUUGUGCUACUGGUGCUGCUGGUUUGGACCUUCACUGCUGUCUGUGAGGAUACGACUGCUAAUAUAAUGCAUUCAUCUAAGAAACCACUUUUAACUGAUAUCACACCUAACUGUGAAGAUGUGACUGCACAUGUGGGAGAUCAAAUAAAUCUCACCUGCACAGUCUCUCAUCUGAAAGAAGGCUGUGUGAUGAUGUACAAAUUUGAUAAAACAGCAGCAUAUAAUGAAGAAAUCUGUAAAGAGGAGUCCAUAAGUGAUCCCUGUAAACAAGAGAGCAGAUUUUCAUGUCCUUACACUGCAAAUAAAACUGCAAAAUUCAAAUUCUUUUUGCAAACCACAUGUGGAGUAAAAGAAACAUACUUCAGUGUGAGCACAACAGGUGCUGUUAAAGAUGACACAGCAGGUGGAUCAAACACACUCAAGGAUAAACCAGAUAACACAAUUAAGUGUGAAGAUGUGACUGCACAUGUGGGAGAUAAAAUUAAUCUCAACUGCACAGUCUAUAAUCUGAACAAAAACUGCUGCAUGAAGAACUACAAGUUUAUUGAUACAGCUGAGUACAAAAACAUCCAAAACAUCUGUAAAGAAAAGUUCAGAAGUGAUUCCUGUUUACAACAGAGAAGAUUUGUAUGUCCUUACACUGCAAAGAAAGCCAUAACGACAAAAUUCAAAUUCUUUUUGCAAGCCAGGAAUGGAACAGAGACAGCAGAAUUCAGUCUUAUCGCAACAGGUGCUGUUAAAGAUGUCACAGCAGCAAACACGGCUAAGGAUAAAGCAGAUGGAUCAAACACGCUCAGGUAUAAAGAAGCCGUCAUCAUUCCUGUGAUAAUGUGUUUGAUCAUCAUCAUCAUGGGAUUCAUUCUCAAGAAGAAGCUCAACUUCAACACUUGUGGAUUUCAUAGGAAUUAUGAUACGGAUGUGUCUGAAAGAAACAUCAGUCUAUGUUCAGCUAGAGAAACAGUGGAACAAUAGCAUCACAUCAAUAUGUAAUAUAUUCAUAUUUUAACUAAAGGUAAUGCAAAGUCCACAUCAGAUCUGGUCACAAAAAAGCACAUAUAGACAAAACAGCACAUACGAUAUAAAAUCUACUGACUGUUGAAAACUGUGUUUGUAUAUAUGUAUGUAUGUAUAUUACUGUAUUUCUGUGAAAUGUAUUGUUAUUGAUUUGUUUGAUCUGUAUUUCUUAAACAUACAUUUUUAUAAUUUUUUUACAUUGAAUUGUAUUUUACAUUUUAACUCUAUAAUCUUGAGAUUAAGCUGCACACCAGCAAACUAAAACUAUGUUUGCUUCAUUACUCUGCUUGUGAUAUAAAUGUCUGAUAUAAACUUUCAGCAUCUACAAGCUGUUUUUGUACAGGAUGCUUGUAGUUGUUUAUCGAUUGAUUAGAGUUUAUUUUAGAGAAAUGAAAUGAAUAAAGUUUUGAAAAACUC